AUGGAAAUCUCCAGGAAACCAGCAACACAGCUGCCAAAGCCCUUCCACGUGCUCAAUCAAGCCCUGAACCUCUCUAACAGGAACCACGCAAAAUGGUGGUAUAGCACGGCCCCGAUGUUUGCCGCCAUGAUGGCCGGAGCCAACUACGACGUUCACGCACAGUACAAGUUCCUCUGCAUCCACCGCGAGGUCAUCAUCCCGGCGUUGGGUCCGUAUCCCGAAAAGGGCCAGCCCAUGCACUGGAAAAGCCAUCUGACGCGCUUCGGACUCCCCUUCGAGCUGAGCUUCAAUUACUCUAAAUCGUUGUUGCGGUUCGCCUUCGAGCCCCUCGGUCCCCUAACGGGAACGCAGGAGGACCCAUUCAACACCCAGGCCAUCAGGCCUGUUCUCAAGGACCUAAAGGCCAUGGUUCCGCGGCUUGACCUGGAGUGGUUUGAUCAUUUUACCAACGCACUGGUCAUUUCCGACGAGGAGGCUCAACGUCUCCACGAUGGAAAUCUUCCAAUCCCCGUCUUCAAGACUCAGAACAAACUGGCGGCCGAUCUGGAACCAUCCGGGGAUAUUGUCUUGAAAACCUACAUCUACCCCCGGAUGAAGUCGAUCGCGACCGGGACGCCGAAAGAAAAGCUCAUGUUUGACGCAAUCAAGGCCGCUGACAAGGAGGGUAAAGUCGCCACGCCACUGGCAAUCCUUGAGGAGUUUAUAGCUGAGCGGGCUCCAACCCUCAUCGGCCACUUUCUCUCGUGUGAUUUGGUCAACCCAUCCGAGUCGCGGAUCAAAGUCUACUGUAUGGAACGCCAGCUGGACCUGGCCUCCAUCGAAGGGAUCUGGACUUUGAACGGGCGACGGAACGAUCCAGAGACACUGGAUGGACUGCAGGCGCUCAGGGAGCUGUGGCAGCUAUUGCCCGUCACGGAGGGUCUGUGUCCACUGCCAGACUGCUUUUACGAGCCUGGUACCUCACCACAGGAGCAGCUUCCCUUCAUCAUCAAUUUCACAUUGUCCCCGAAAAGCCCGCUUCCCGAGCCACAGAUCUAUUUCCCUGCAUUUGGGAGGAACGACAAAGCCAUCGCGGAGGGACUGGCUACCUUCUUUGAGCGCAGAGGGUGGGGAGGCUUGGCUAAAAGCUAUCCAUCGGAUCUGGCCGCGUACUAUCCGGAUGUGGACCUGGGCACCGCAAAUCAUCUACAAGCGUGGAUCUCAUUCUCCUAUAAGGGAAAGAAACCGUACAUGAGUGUCUACCUCCAUACUUUCGAGGCCUUCAGUGCUGCAGGAGGGAAGCAUGUGCCAUGA